AUGUCCUCCUCCGAAGAUCAGUUCUUGACCAACUUGCUACAUAAACAAGAACAGCCGACGGCCUCCCCAACGGACCUGGCCGAGACGGUUGCACGCUGGAAGUCUGCAACCGACGAAGAGGUUCGCACCCUCCUGUCGUCGGUUCUCGAAAGCCUGCAGACCGACGCCCAAAGCGACCGCUUGAACCUGCCGCUGCUCGAAGCGUUUCUCGAAGGGCUCGCACAGCGUUACGCCCCCAAAAGUCGAAGCGGCGGGCCCCCUCCGGCGCCGCUCGAAGCCCCAACCUUCGAAUUGCUGGCCCAACUCUACGACGCCCUCGGUGCGCGGAACUCCGCCCGCUAUCAGAUCUUGCGCGUGCUAGCGUCGGCCGGAACGACGGCCUCGCUGGGGCUAUUCGCUAACCGCCUCGUCGACGAUCCUCCCACACAGCCCCGGCAGUUGGAUGCCGCUUGCGUCCCCCUGUUUCAGGCUACGCAACUCGAUGUCGACGCGCUCUUCCCUAAGCUGUUCGAUGCCCUCGGGAACCCGGUCUUGGCGGCGAUCGUUCUCGAUCUAUCUAAUCAUCUCUACCGUCGAGGGAUGGUCGCUGAACAUCCAGCGACCCCUCGCGUGCAAAGCCUGACCCAGUUGUUGAAGGCCAUGGCCGAGCGUCUGCGGUUAGUCGAAGAGCAGCCCAGCAAGUAUGCCGCUAACCAACAAGAGCUGCAGAACCUGAUCGGCGAAAGUGCCACGCUGAUCAUCCCUCUCUGCGAUGCCCUGGGAGCAAUUGGCGACCCCGCGGCAGUGCCAGCACUUAACAUCGUCCUCGAAGUAAGACACCGCCGCCUCAGGGCCGAGGCCGCCACGGCGCUGGCCCGACUGGGAGAAAAACGUGGAGUCGAAAUGCUGGUCGAGUUGGCUGCCGAUCCCGCUUCCCGCACUCGGGCGCUGGCCUACUUAGAGGAACUCGACGAAGUGGUCCAAGUUCCCAAAGAGCACCGCAGCCCGUCGGCCCUGGCCGAAGCAAAACUCGCCAGUUGGCUGGCCGAGCCACAACAGAUCGGCCUCGCGCCCCAAAGCGUCGAGGUCGUCGAUCGCCGCCGCCAGUUCUGGCCAGGGUUUGACGAACCGCAGGACUGUUUCCUGGUGCGUUACGAGUAUCCCUUCCCCCAAGGUCCGCUGAUCGGCAUCGGUCUGGUCGGCCCCACCAUCUACUGCCUUGCAGUCGACCUGCAGGACCUGGCCCCCUCCGACAUCUACGCCAUUUACGCCGGCUGGCACGCCGACCAUCCAGAACUCUACGAAGAAGACGCCGACGAUCUGGCCGACUCCGAACGAGACGUCUACGAAAUGGCAGGCAAAGAACUCGACGCCGACAACGUCGAGUUAGCACUCGUCGGACGGUUUUUUGGCCGUAACAUGCCCGUCUAUCGGGCCCGCCGCUCGCAACAACCGGGUUUCCUGGUGGUCGAUGGGGACGAGGCCUCCUGGUACGGGGCAGGCAAUAACAGUCGACCCUUGGGGGCGCGAGAAGCCUACUGGAUCCACAAAGGCCGCCGACUGUUGGCAACCUUCAACUCCGAUUUCGGCGAAGAAGACGUUUCUGUGGCGUCGUUUAUUUCAGAUCGGGUUGCCGCGUUGGAAGCUUCGGCCACCAUGGCCAUGGGGGCCAAGGCCAAAGAACUCAAGGCCGCCGGAAAGAAGGUCUACGAUUUCGCCCUCGGCGAACCCGAUUUCGACACGCCCGACCACAUUCGCGAGGCCGGCAUCGCCGCCAUCAAAGCCGGCCACACCCAUUACACGGCAGCCCCCGGUAUCCCCGAGCUGAAGAAAGCCGUCGUCGAUCAAUGCCGCGAGCGUCACGGGCUGGAGUACGACCCCACCCAGGUCAUCAUUUCCAAUGGUGCCAAGCACGCGCUGCACAACAUCUUCACCGCCACGCUGAACCCCGGCGACGAAGUAAUUAUCCCCGCCCCCUACUGGGUCAGCUACGCCGAACUCGUCCGCAUUGCCGGCGGUGUUCCGGUCAUCGUGCAGACCGAACAAGAAACCGACUUCAAGCUGCUGCCUGCGCAACUCAAAGGGGCCAUCACCCCCAAGACCAAGAUCUUGCUCAUCUGCUCGCCAUCAAACCCCACCGGCAGCAUGUACUCGGGCGACGAGUUAGGCGCCUUGGCCGACAUCGUCAUUGAGAACGACCUGCUGGCAAUCGCCGACGAGAUUUACGAACAGCUCGUCUACGGCGACCACAAGUUCACCUGCUUCGCCACCGUACGCCCCGGCCUGCAAGAGCGAACCGUCAUCGUCAACGGUGUCAGCAAGACCUACGCCAUGACCGGUUGGCGUAUCGGUUGGACCAUCAGCUCGCCCGAGUUGGCCAAAGCCAUGUCGAAGCUGCAGAGCCAGGAAACCUCCAACGCUUCCAGCAUCAGCCAGUACGCCGCGGUGGCCGCCCUCACCGGUUCGCAAGACUGUGUGGCCCACAUGCGCGAGCAGUUCGCCAAGCGUCGCGAGUUCGUGCAAAAGCGCAUCGCCGAAAUCCCAGGGCUAAGCUGCCCCGAGAUGGCCGGCGCGUUUUACGCCUUCAUCAACAUCAAAGAACACCUCGGCCGCUCGUACAACGGCAAGCAAGUCGACGACGACUCGACCUGGUGCCUGGAACUACUCGAGCAACAAAACGUGGCCACCGUGAUGGGUUCCGCCUUCGGAGCCCCCGGCUACGCCCGCCUCUCCUUCGCCGCCGCCAUGGACGACAUCAAAGCCGGCUUCGAACGCAUCGAGGCCUUCGUCAAGAGCGGCGCCUAA